CCGCAGAACGGGACAGGCCCCGCAACUGGACAGCUCUGCGGACGGAGCAGGACCAAUGGCAUGCCACGACAGCUCCUGGCCCCAGCGGCGGGGGAUCCCCUUUUUCGUGUUUGUGUGUCUACAUGCUCCUCCAGGGGCGCCGAAACAGGCGGAGCUCAUUAUCACACGAAGCCCUUCUACAGGCCCCGAGCUGCUGAUCGAUUCAUAUGACGAUCCAGGUCCAGCAGCCAGCCAGCCAGCCAGCGAUGGAGCCGAGCCUGAGUGCUGCUGAUUUCACCCAUUUCGUAACUCACAGCCCGCUCGUCGUCAGAAUUCAUGGUACUGUAUCUGGAUUCAUGAAAGGGACGAGAACCACGAAUUUGUUGGCUGCACGGGAAGGAGACUUUGGAGUGGGGAGGCAGCAGAUUGGCCCAGGGGAUGGGAUCCGGCAAGCUCCAAGGCAAUAUGUCGAGGGCUGGGAGGAAUGCAGAUCUUAUUAGAUUCGAGCUCGAUCGCGACGCGCUCCGGAGACAGGAAGCCUCAAGUACAGUUCAUGUAUGGACCUGCGGUUGGUAGCAAGAUUUACAGCUCGCUCAGACUAUCUAUCUGAUCGAGAUCAUGGACGAGAUGUGAAGAGGUCGUUUGUCGGCCAGUGUGUGGGAACGGGAGGGAUCUUCGGUACACAUCAGGCUCCACCGGUACCACACAGGACACGACAGUACGGCACAGUACUGUAUUUUCUCCCCCAUCGAUCUAUCCCGACCUCGCUCGGUCCCAAUCGCCUGCUGCAGACAAAGGACGAACGAGCUCGGUUCAGCUGGCGGGCAAGCACAUACAUAGGCCGUGACAGGUCCGCCUGCUGCGUCCUCGUCCUCGUCCUGGGAUUUGCCCAGGCGACAAACAGAAGCAAGCACCGAGCAGAGCCAAUUCCAUUGGCCGAUGAGCUGUGCAUCUCCCUUCAGAGGAGUUCUUCUUCUUCUUCUUCUUCUCCUUCUCCUCCUCCUCCUCGUUACCACGUGGUCGGCGUAGGACGGACGACGCCAUGGCACCCCACUCGCUUCUGGUCCCAGUUGUGACUUGCUAUAUAACUCGUACACUUCGUCUCUACUCGUAUCUCCACUCGUAUGAGUAUACGAGACGGCGACUACGAUGACGAAUGCCAAAUCGAACUUCUGCCGUGAGACUAAAUAAAGUGCUGGGGCCAAAGGAUAACGACGAUGGAGACAGAGCCAUCACAUGGCUACAUGUUUUUUUUUGGCUCGGGCAGACCGUGUACACAACCGGUCGCAAGGCAGAGGGACUUCUUUUUACAGUAACCUGGUACAGCGAUAAACAAGGCACCCAAAUGAGGGUGAAGUGAAUUACCUGCUAUAGCGAGUAACACGCCCUAUUUGAACCGGAAAUGACAGGUUCCCACUCAUUUCAUCGCCCUUGCCAAGUCUUUUAAGCAGGGUCUGGAGUAUUUAUACCCUUCAUGGCUACUACGUCUCACCUAAAGCACAGGUCAAACGCAGGCCUGCCUGAUCCCUCCCUCCCUCCCUCCCUUCCUUUUCGGGCAGCCUCAAUCUAAAUUUUGGCCUCGAUCUAAAUUUCUGCAUUUUCGGAAUUUCAGCCCCAAAUUGGAAUUUUUGCUUCAUCGAAGAGGCUCGCACAAAUAAUCAGCUGGACGAAGGGAGGAGAAGAGGAUGGAGAGCUGAGGCGGGUGACUGGGCCCAGCUGUGACCUACUGGACCGUGGCAGCUCCUUGUUCCGGUCCCCGCAGGCAAACAGGAGUGGAAUGUGGACUGGGCCCAGCUGUGAGUUCCUCUUUGUCUGAGGCUUCGAUGACGAUGAUGAUGAUGGAGGAAUGUGGCAGCCGCAGCCUCUCCCGCUCUCUGAGCGCCGGCCGGCGGGAGUCGCAGUGGCGAUGAUCGGCGGCCUCACUCGCUAGAGUCAGACGUCGGAGAGGAUGGAUGGAUGGAUGGAGAAGGUUCUACGACGCACGGGAAUAGCUCUGUCCGGCCCCAGCUGGACGGCCGCCAUUUCCGUCAUUCGGGUUCUACGUAGUCUCAUAAAAUCUGGCGUUAUUAAAAUGAGAAUUAAUCUUACCACUUUGCCAAAGUUUAUUUGCCAAAAGUUCUAGCCAUUGCCCACUCCCAUAGUUGCCAUGCAUUUGGACGCUCAAAGGGGAAAUCAUCGAAAUGAAGAGUGAUUUAGAAUAGGAGAUUUCAAUGAAGCCCGUUGUGAAUUGCUUUUUGCCAUGAAGCAAAAAGCGUGUGUGUUCCCAAAUCUAAUUCGAGCAAAUGCGUAAGAAAAUGGAGU